CUUCGGCUCAGCUGGUUGGCACGUUCGUUUAACUCCGUGUACAGAUAGCGCUGAUCAAUCCGCACUGUCAAUGUGACCUGUCAUAUUUCUCGGACAAUAAUUCAACGACUGAUCAAACAUUAACCCAUGUGGAGAUGUGGAGAAGGGGAGAUAACCUAUGAUCUAAGAAAGCAAGGUGUUCUCACGUUCUGAUAUCUACUGUGCGGGACGACCACUACCAAAAAUGUUAGUAGAAGCCUUCAAUACAACAGAUGGCAAAAAUGUGACCUUAACCUCAUCAGAUUUCAAGAACGUAACAAUGGCCUCGGUUGACCUUGACCUUCUGAUCGGCCCCAAGCGGCGCGCUCUGAGCACUGUGAUCCCCAUGACUGUGGUGUACUCCCUCAUCUUUGUCACGGGUAUUGGGGGUAACGUGUGCACGUGCAUUGUCAUCGCACGCAACAAGUACAUGCACACAGCCACGAACUAUUAUCUGUUCAACCUCGCUGUAUCUGACCUGUUGCUGUUGGUCCUGGGAUUGCCCCAGGAAACAUAUUCCUUCUGGUCGGAAUACCCCUACAUAUUCGGGGAGACUUUCUGCAGGUUUCGUUUCUUUGCCGCGGAGGCGUCCACCUAUGCGUCCAUUCUGACGAUCACGGCCUUCACCGUGGAGCGAUACGUGGCUAUAUGUCAUCCGAUGUGGAUGCCCAGCAACUCCAACCUCCCCCGCGCUGUACGCGUGAUAUCAGCAAUAUGGGUCGUAUCGGCUGUAUGUUCCAUACCAAUAGCCUUGCAGUUCGGGAUCAUAUACAGGUAUCAGAAGGGGUCCACGCUACGGAUAGAGGAGUCUGCCCAGUGCAACACCAUGGACGAAGAAGAGGCGAGAAUCUACUUCCAAUUGUCCACGUUUCUCUUCUUUGUGUUCCCAAUGACGGUAUUGUCCAUCUUGUACUUCCUAAUCGCCAUUGCUAUCCGGAGGUCCGGACUUAACAGGAGUGGGUCGGAUUCCUCCACGGAAAGUCAGCCUUCUGGAGCUGAGAUCCGGAUACAGCAGCAGAGCCGGGCCAGACAGUCUGUUCUCAAGAUGCUCGUGACAGUCGUCGUGGCUUUCUUCGUGUGCUGGGCGCCGUUCCACUCCCAGCGACUCCUCGUCAUGUAUGUGGAACGCUGGACACACCAACUGCUGCUCGUGCACGAGCGUCUGUACCACGUCUCCGGCGUCUUUUACUACAUCAGCUCCACCAUCAACCCCAUCCUGUACAGCAUCAUGUCCCUCAAGUUCAGACAGGCGUUCCGAUCCACGCUACUCUGCCCGUGCUGCCGGAGCCCCCGCAUCAGGAACCGGAACAGCUACACCUACAAGUUCGUUCAUAAAAAUAGCGGCACGGACACAAUAUGUACGGCGGUCGAUAGUGGGUCGCCUACUCGCUGCUGUGGUUCGAGUGGCUCGUCCCAGAACGCAACAUGUCCUAUGGCAAUGUGGACUAAACCAGACAUCUAAGUACAGAUGUACCUAACGUGCCCUUACCUAAAUUAUCAGAAUAUUACAGAAUAUCACAGAACGUCAUAGUAUAUCACUGAACGUCAUAGUAUAUCACUGAACGUCGGAGAUGAACAAUGUGCUACCGCAAUGUGGACUAAAUUGCCGAUACGUCCAAUAUGCCUCUACCUAGAUUAUCAACGGGUGACGUUAAAAAAGCGACAGGACGUCACAGAAUGACACGGAACGUCACAGAAUUAAGAAACUCCUGUUGCUGUGUGGACUCGAUUGCUGGGGCUUCCAGUACGCCUCUACCAAUAUUACCAACGGGAGACGUCUGGACUCACAACUCUUGUUCGGUGGUCGUUAGUUCUAACCAGAUUCGAUUAUGAACCUUGGUUUGUCAACGUUGGUAUUCAGGGGUAAAUAUCAACGACCUGUGACGCUUUGUACUUUCUACAUUAAGAUAUGUCGGGAAAUAGUUUUGAAAAACGUCCCUCACUCAUUCACCGGUGCCUCCUUGCAAGAUCUUUUACCCAAAGUCAGCGAAAGAAGAAGAGUGCCUUAUGGUAUUAGCAGACAUUUUUUAGCAAACUAUCAGAAUGUUCGUUUUCCUUGUCAUCGCGAGUCAUCUUGGUUUCUGUACAGUACUACAGUCCGUUUGGCUCCGAAUGAGAACGAUUGUUACAAAA